AUGUCAUGGUCGGGAUUUAAGAAAGCCCUGACCCGUGCGGGAGGAUCGGUGGUUGUUAAAGCAGCAGACAAAGUGAUGGACAAAGAUUAUGAUAUAGAAGAGAGAAGAUUUAAAACGAUGGAAAAGUCGGGUAAGGAGCUUCAAACGGAAACUAAGGCAUAUUUGGAUGCAGUGAGAGCGGUGACGGCAUCGCAAUCAGCAAUGGGAGAAGUAGUGGACAACUUGUAUGGAGAUACCAAAGAGAUGGGGCAGGUUGACAUUGGAGCGUACUAUCUUCAGGCAGUUCAAAACUUUGAUCAGGAGACAGUCAAACAGUUGGAUGGACCAUUCCGAGAGGCUGUUUUGGAUCCAGUGUCGAAGUUUUGCUCAUAUUUUGCAGAGAUUACUGAGGCCAUGAAGAAACGGGCCCACAAAAAGGUGGACUAUGAACAGGCAAAGGCCAAAGUUAGAAGAUUAGUCGAUAGGCCAGCCAAAGAUGCAUCGAAGCUUCCAAGAGCAGAAAGAGAGCUUCAAAUGGCCAAGGAGAUUUACGAUGCAUUAAAUGACCAACUGAAGAGCGAACUUCCUCAAUUGAUUGACAUUAGAGUUCCCUGGUACGACGCUUCGUUCGAAGCAUUGGUGAAGAUUCAGAUGAGAUUUUGUACUGAGGGUUAUGCCAGAUUAGCACAGGUUCAGCAGUACUUGGAUCCUGUCAGUAGAGAGGAGUACGCCAACGGAGUUUUGGACCAGCGCAUUGAGCAGAAGUUGGGCGAGAUGACCCAGUUAAAUAUCUGUUCGCUUGGAAUCAAGUGA